AUGCCAUCAGACAUGCUACAGUUCCCCAGCGAGAACGACCGCCAGACUUUCGAAAGGCUUGUCUCCGAGCUUCCCGAUCUCAUCCACAAACGAUGCCACGACUACGACGAGCUGUACGGCCACAAAUUGCUGGAGGAGGGCCCAGCGGAGGUAGCCAAGUUCUACAGCAAGGACCACGCGCACGCAUUGCUCUUCAAGUUCCUGAAGGCGAACGCAUUUUCGUACGAGGGCGCGGUGAAGCAGCUGGUGAGCACGCUCAACUGGCGCCGGGAGUUCCAGCCGCUGAAAGCUGCGUUCGCAGAAGAACACGACGAGCGUCUGAUGGCCGCCGGGUACAUCUCCUACGACGCCAGCGCGGCGCCCAACACCCGGACCGUCACGUGGAACCUCUACGGCAAACUCGGGGCCUGCAAGGACCUCUUCGCAGACCAGGACACGUUCAUCCGCUACCGCGUCGGCCUCAUGGAACGUGGACUACAGGCGCUGAAUCUCCUUGACCCAGAUAACUGCAGCAUGACCCAGGUGCACGACUACAAGGACGUGUCUGUGUGGAACAUGAACGCCGAUGUCAAAAAGUGCUCGCGCAGGGUCAUCGCCAUCUUCCAGGACCACUACCCCGAGUUACUCUACGCCAAGUAUUUCGUCAACGUGCCUACCAUCCUCCGCUGGGUUUACGAUGUCGUGCGCGCCUUUGUAUCCGAGGAGACUAGCCGCAAGUUCGUGGUGCUGAACGAUGGGACCAAGCUCGCAGCGUAUUUCGCCGGUGUGCCGGCCGCCUACGGCGGCACCGCCCCCGCCACGCUCGCAGAGCUCCCCAAGCCCGCGUCCAGGCCUUCUCCCUACGCCCUCUUCCUCCUACAGAAGCAUAUCUCCGAAGAGCUAGAUUAA